GGGGCUGCCGACAACGGCGCUCCAGGGGUCUUGGACUUCAACUCCCAGACGCCCCAGCCAGCUUGGCCAACUGCCAGGCAUUCUGGGAGCUGGAGUCCACAAACACUUGGAGGCCCCCCAGCCCUGGGAGCCAGUGGUCCAAGUGAAGGCAGCUUUGGAAGCGCCCUGUCUCCCUCCUCUGUGGCCCCCUGGGAUGUGGCCUUUGGGGGAGGCAGGGAAGGAGGACGGGGCCAGGGCGCUUCCAGGGGGCUCUGAGCCCAGGCUGCAGCCACACGGGAGGAAUAGCCUGGUUUGGCCCCGGAUUAAUGCCCUUGGCUUCAGGCUCUGGAAUUCUGGGAGUUGGGAGUUUUUUGUGGUGGGAUUUCAUCCUCUCGAAUUCCUAGAUCUAAAGUCUCCAAGAGGAGUCACCAACCAUCUUUUCUCUUGCAGGCUUUUGAAUCCGGGCCGCCUCUUUGCUUUGGCCAAAGCGCUUUUGUGCCAGCGUUGGGCAUGGACGCAUUUCCCCAAGCAUCAGCCCCAUUGCGUUUCAGGGUACUCCAUCUCCCAGAGGGCUGGGAAGGGAGGUACUCCAGAGACUCAGGGAUCAGGCUAGAAAUCGUAGUCAAAAAACUGACCCCAACAACUUGUAUCGACUUAUCCAUGGGUCGGUAUAAGUACGACACGUACUUUAAUACUUAGUUUAAAAAGGAAUCUGCCCUGGAAUCACUGACCUCCUCCUAUUUAUCACAUCCAUACAGCCUUUAGCAUGAGCAGCUGGAACUUUGUAUGUUCUUUGGCGUUGUUUUCCUUUGCACCAUCCUUUAUAUCCGUUGUUACAUGCCCCUCAGUUUUACCCUCGACUUAUCCACGGGACAUACCAAAAACCCUAAUUUUGCCCCAAAACCUGCCCUUGACUUAUACAUGAGGUCAAUUUAUAGUCAUAUACAUACGGUAAAUGCACCUUGGCCAGAGGGCUUUCUCUCCUGCAGAGGCAUGGCUUUGCUGCUGGGUUGCAAAGUGUCAAAUUUGAUGCGCAUCAGGCUUUGCUUUCUGGGCAAGCGUCCCUUCAUGGAACUUUCUCACAGUGAGAGGCUUGUGUGCCACCACAGUGGUCUGUGUGGUUGAAAAGUGCCCAGAUAAUGCCAGCCGGGGGCUCCUUCACCCCCAGCAUUGGUCCGGCUGUGCAACCGGAAAGCUCAGCACCUGCACAGUAGUCAAAACAAUGCAGAUCUGGUGUGGCUGCUUUGUGUUUGGCUAUUCUCCGUCGUUUGAGACCAAGUUAAUGUGCAAAUGUGUGGGCUGUCAUUUCUCUUUCGUUGCAAUGCUCAGGGCCAGGAGGAGAGUGGUUGGGGAAUUGGAUGUUGCAUGGAGUGUACUUGCUGGGGCUGCAGCCACACUGAAGAAAUAACCCACUGCUUCAACUCUAUCUGGCUCAAGGCUAUGGAAUUCUGGGAGUUGGAGUUUGUUGUGGGGCCCAGAGCGGCCUUGAGCCAGGGCACUUAGAGCAGUGCCAAAGUGGGUUAUUUCUCCAGUGUGGAUGCAGCCUCAGGGUGUGAUUGCAGGAGCGUAACUGGAGCCAGUGUGUGCAAGAGAACAUGGUUCUGAUCCAAAAUUGUGUGUGUACUCUGAUGCUCAGAUAUACUCCAGUAUUUAUCUUUUUUCUUUCUUUCUUCCUUUCUUCCUUUCUUUCGUUCUUUCUGGCAUGGUCACUCCCAAACAUCCUCUCUGACCUCUUGCUAACCAGGCUCCUUGGUGUACAGAUGAUUUCGGGGAGCUGAAAAAGGAAGGACGACGACGGGAGUGCAGGCACCCAGUUCUUCUGCAGCAUUUGAGAUGCAGCCCAGGACGAGAAGAUUUUCAGCGUACAUCGUGUCUGUUUCAUUGCUUGCAUGUUUGGUAUACUUAAGGAAAGAUUCCAAGUCAACUGUGCCUUCAGCAAACAGAAAACCACAUAGGCCAACUCAGAAGCGGACAUUCAAAGUCCCUGAACUGGUGGAGUCCCUCCAGUGCUUGCCAGACCACACUGUUGCUAAUGCCUCCACCUCUCUCCCAGAAAUUCACCGUGUUUUCUUAACGUACAAACACUGCCGGAACUUUUCGACUCUGCUGAAACCCUCAGAAUGUGAGGCAGAGACCUUCCUGGUCCUGGCUAUCAAGUCUGCCCCAGUUGAUGUCGACCGCCGGGUGACCAUCAGGAACACGUGGGGGAAGGAGACGAUCAUUGGCGGCAAGUUGGUGCGGCUGGUGUUCCUACUUGGCCGCUCCCAGGUCAAAGUGCAGGCUCAUUCCCUCCAGCAGCUUUUGCUCUACGAAAGCCUGGAGUUUGAUGACAUUCUGCAGUGGGAUUUUGUCGACAACUUCUUUAACCUGACCCUAAAGGAGCUGCACUUUCUUCGGUGGUUGGUGGAAGACUGCCCCCAUGCCCGAUUUGUGUUAAAGGGCGAUGAUGACGUCUUUGUGAACACGUACAACAUCAUUGAGUUUCUGAAAGAUCUGGACUCAGAAAAGGACCUUUUUGCUGGGGACGUCAUCAACAAAGCCCGACCAAUCAGGAACACCAAGGCCAAGUAUUUCAUCCCGGAGUCGAUGUACCCGGCACCCUUCUAUCCCCUCUACGCGGGCGGCGGCGGCUACGUCAUGUCUCAGCUGACAGCCCGACAACUGCAGGCAAAGGCCGAGGACACGGAGCUCUUCCCGAUUGAUGAUGUCUUUGUUGGGAUGUGCUUGGCCAAAAUGGGGAUGACCCCUACGCACCACCCUGGCUUUAAGACCUUUGGAAUCCAGAGGCCCUUUAAUCCAUUUGAUCCCUGCCUCUACAAAGAACUGAUGAUCAUACACAAACUGAACCCGACGGAGCUUUGGGUCAUGUGGACGCUGCUGAAAGACGAUGGCCUCAGAUGUGCCGUGUCAGGAACCUGGAAACUAUAGGACAGAUUUGGGUGCAUCUAGUGCAGUGUGUCGUGGCUGGGACUUUGAUAAGCAUUGGCUUAAAUGGCUAUUAACAAUAACUUUGCAUUUUAACAUGAGGUUGUUUACAGUAGGAUAAUUUUGAGUGCACUGAUUCUUCCCUCUCCACACGUAAUUGCUUACAGAAGUUUUCAAGGGGCUAGGGCCCAAAUGACUUUCAGUAGUGAUGGAAAGAGUUUUGAAAAAGUUAAUUCUACAGUUCCCAUAAUCUCCCAGCCAGCAAGACCAAAAAGCAGCUUUUCUAGGCUCUCUGUGAUGACUACAUAGAACCUCCAGGUUUAGAGACAGUAUACCUCACAAAGAAGCUACAGAACAGUUUCACCUGUAUGUCCUGCUAGUGGGCUUUUCUAUAGGCACGUGGUUCACUCCUGGAAGAGACAAGUUGGUUCUUUAGGUGUAAUCCGUCAGGACUCUCUUCCAGUUCAUUUGCUUAAUGGUUGCAUCUAGGUGCCUUCCUUUGGCCAGAUAGGUUUGAGACCAGAUUUUUAAAAAUAAAUCAAUGUGGUUCUAGCUGUAGAGAGGGCAGAAUCCCUUCUGACAGAAGUCCUGUUAAUGGCACAUGGGCCCGUUACAGAUGGGCACGAAAGUACGCGCAGAGCGCGUACUAGAGUUAGAAAGGGGUGGUGCUUCCACACACCCCUAACCCUAGUGCGCGCUCUGUGCGCACAAAAUGGCAGCA